CAAUUGCACUGAACGCAACAGCAAGACUGUGCUGCAUUGGAAAGAGUAAGCGCGAUGGUCCAAGUUCCUCUUCUACGCCUGCAAUGCGGGUGCAACAGCUACGAAUGGGGCAAGAUUGGCGAAAGUAGCGCCGCCGCUCGCUAUGCCUCCGUCACACCCCGCGAUGACUUCUCCAUCCAGUCCGACAAGCCAUAUGCCGAACUAUGGAUGGGCACGCACCCCUCCAACCCUUCAAAGGAUCUCGAGACAGGCCGAACGCUGCUCGACCUGGUACAGGACAACCAGGCGCUGAUGGGCGAGGCUAUUGCGAAGAAGUACGAGGAGAAGCUGCCGUUCCUAUUCAAGGUCCUCUCAAUCAACAAGGCGCUGAGCAUCCAGGCACACCCCAACAAGAAACUCGCCGAGCAACUGCAUCAGCGGGAUCCGAAGAACUACAAGGAUGACAACCACAAGCCGGAGAUGACUAUCGCUAUCACACCCUUUGACGGACUAUGCGGCUUCCGACCACUAGGCGAGAUCGCACACUUCUUACAACACGUGCCAUCGCUGCGCCAGCUCGUCGGCGAAGAGCAAGCGAAGAAGUUUGAGCAGACGGUCAAAGGUCAGGAGACGACUGAGGACAAGAGCAAAGCAGCCGAGAACAAGAAAGCGCUCCAAGCCGCCUUCAAGGGCCUGAUGGAGUCAAAACCUGAAGACGUCGAGAAAGCCGCACCCGAGCUCAUCAAGCAAGCCGAAACCGAAGGCAGCAAAUUCGCCGGCAGCGGCGUCUCUGCCACUUCCGGCAAAGAACUCUCCGACCUCAUGAUCCGCCUGAAUAAGGAGUUCCCUAACGAUAUCGGCCUCUUCGUUACCUUCUUCCUCAACUACGUCAAGCUCACCGUCGGAGAAGCCAUGUUCCUGCAAGCUGACGAUAUCCAUGCGUACCUCAGCGGCGAUAUCAUCGAGUGCAUGGCCUCCUCCGACAACGUCGUGCGCGCCGGCUUCACGCCCAAAUUCAAGGAUGUCGAUACGCUCACCUCGAUGUUGACAUACAGUUACGCCCCGAUUGAGGAGCAGAAGAUGCAUCCCAGCGACUACCAUUUCUGCAAGUUUAACACAGCCGCCUACAACAGCUCCAGCGUAGCGACUCUGUACGACCCACCAAUCGAGGAGUUCGCGGUUGUGCGGACGGCACUAAACAGCAGUGGCAGCAAAGUCACGUUCGAGCCUAUCGACGGCCCUUCCAUCCUCAUCUGCACGCAAGGAAGCGGCAAGAUCUCCGUCGGCCCGAAAACGGAAGAUUUCAAAGAGGGUUACGUGUACUUUGUGGGCGCUACUGCUGAGUUGGUGCUAGAAAGUGUAGGGGAGGAACCGUUGGUGACGUUCAAGGCGUUUUGUGAGUUGGGACAUGGGCAGGCGACGACCGGGGGCGGGGCUCAUGCGUACGCGGAUGGCGUGAAUGGGAAGAUCUGAAAAGCGAGUUACAGCUUGGUACGAUGAUGAAGUUGGCGUAGAGGUUUGACAUGGUGCGUAUAUACAACGCUUACGAAUCCACAUGUGAGGUGAGUGGCUCUGCUCUUGCCAAGCUGCUGCAGCCCUAUGUUGAUCAUAUCGCCCAAUAAGGGAGUAGGGGCCAGAAGCCGACAGCCAACCCGGAGACAUUGUCGGGCAUCGACUUUAAAGCCGCUAACCGUACGUUACAUCCGACCUCCAACCUUCAUGGCCACAUCUUAACUUGGUU